AUGUUCACUGGCAGUACUGAUUUAGCGAUAGAACAACACGCGUUCGCCAUUUACACAAACGCUGUUUUCGCCCAAGUUCAAAAAGAAAUAAUUAAAGGGAAGUUUUUAUGCUACAUCACAAACCAGAGCGAGACCAGCGAUUCCAGUCUUCUGAUAGACGUCACUCAUUUGGAUAAAAGGAACAACAUCACAAACGUCUAUCAGGUUACGUAUAACAAUGUGGAUCAAUCGGCCAGUUGCUCAUGCAGGAAUUUCAUACGUAUCGGAUAUCUGUGUCGCCAUGUCUUUUGUGUCUAUCGCUUGAAAAAUGUUGAAAGGAUUCCACCACAAUACAUAAACGACAGGUGGCGCCGAGAUGCCCUCCCCAAACAUGUUUUUUCAAUUUCCAGUCGAUACGGAGUAAACCCACACGCACCGUCCGUUAUGCGGAAUGAAAUCCUCGACCUCGUUACUGAAUGCGUUGAUGUUGCUAGAACCGAUGAGGAUGCGUUGGCAAAAUUGGUUGACCAACUCAGGGAUUUCAAGAUCAAUGUUCUUUCCAGGCAACCGUUGUCAACAACUGAAAAUGAAUCAAAUGAGUCUCAAAUGGAAGAAAUAGUUGGGCAGCCAAUCAACAUUCCAGUCGAAGUUGCUAAUCCAGAAGUUGCACGCAAUAAAGGAUGUGGUACUCAUACUCGCAUUUCUGGGCCCGGUGAGAAGGCCAAAGCAAAACCACCAAAACGUCCAAAGCAGCUUCGCUUAUGCAAGCGUUGUGGUCUGUAUGUCGACGACCACGACUCACGCAACUGCCUUAAGGUGGCUGCAAUGAAAGCAGCAAAGGCAGCUGCUGAACAACAAAGGCAGUCCGCCACUGGCGACUGA